AUGCAGGGAUAUCACCAGCAGAGAAUGCAGGGAUAUUCCAAGGCAGAGAAUGCAGGGAUAUUCCCAGGCAGAGAAUGCAGGGAUAUCCCAGGCAGAGAAUGCAGUGAUAUCACCAGCAGAGAAUGCAGGGAUAUCCCAGGCAGAGAAUGCAGUGAUAUCACCAGCAGAGAAUGCAGGGAUAUUCCAAGGCAGAGAAUGCAGGGAUAUUCCCAGGCAGAGAAUGCAGGUAUAUCCCAGGCAGAGAAUGCAGGGAUAUCCCAGGCAGAGAAUGCAGGGAUAUCCCAGGCAGAGAAUGCAGGGAUAUCCCAGGCAGAGAAUGCAGGGAUAUCCCCAGGCAGAGAAUGCAGGGAUAUCCCAGGCAGAGAAUGCAGGGAUAUCCCCAGGCAGAGAAUGCCGGGAUAUCCCAGGCAGAGAAUGCAGGGAUAUCCCAGGCAGAGAAUGCAGGGAUAUCCCAGGCAGAGAAUGCAGGGAUAUCCCAGGCAGAGAAUGCAGGGAUAUCCCAGGCAGAGAAUGCAGGGAUAUCCCCAGGCAGAAAAUGCAGGGAUAUCCCAGGCACAGAAUGCAGGGAUAUCCCAGGCAGAGAAUGCAGGGAUAUCCCAGGCAGAGAAUGCAGGGAUAUCCCAGGCAGAGAAUCCAGGGAUAUCCCAGGCAGAGAAUGCAGGGAUAUUCCAGGCAGAGAUUGCAGGUAUAUCCCAGGCAGAGAAUGCAGGUAUAUCCCAGGCAGAGAAUGCAGGGAUAUCACAGGCAGGGAAUGCAGGGAUAUCCCAGGCAGAGAAUGCAGGGAUAUCACAGGCAGAGAAUGCAGGGAUAUCCCAGACAGAGAAUGCAGGGAUAUCACAGGCAGAGAAUGCAGGGAUAUCCCCAGCAGAGAAUGCAGCGAUAUCCCCAGUAUAG